AUGCUAAAAAUCCUUAUUCCUACCCUAAUGCUCGCCCCCACAACUUGGCUCUCCUCACCUAAAUGACUUUGGCCCUCAACCCUCGCCCACAGCUUCAUAAUUGCCCUCUUUAGCCUCACCUGAUUAAAAAACCUGUCGGAAACCGGCUGAUCCUCCCUCAACCUGUAUAUAGCAACCGACCCCCUCUCAACGCCCCUUCUCGUACUUACCUGCUGACUGCUCCCCCUCAUGACCCUGGCAAGUCAAAACCACAUGAGCUCUGAACCUAUUAACCGGCAACGAAUAUACAUUACACUCCUCACCUCCUUGCAAUUUUUCCUAAUUUUAGCCUUCAGCGCCACAGAAGUUAUUAUAUUUUAUGUUAUAUUUGAAGCUACCCUUAUCCCCACUCUUAUUAUCAUCACACGCUGGGGAAACCAAACAGAACGCCUCAACGCAGGCACAUAUUUCCUGUUCUACACACUAGCGGGGUCCCUACCACUUCUUGUUGCUCUCCUCCUUCUUCAGAACAGUACAGGCACCCUAUCUCUCCUAACUCUUCAAUAUUCCGACCCCUUGUACCUUAACUCCUAUGCAGAUAAACUAUGAUGAGCUGGCUGCCUACUAGCCUUCUUAGUUAAAAUGCCCUUGUAUGGUGUUCACCUCUGAUUACCCAAAGCGCACGUUGAAGCCCCCAUUGCCGGCUCCAUAGUUCUUGCUGCCGUCCUCCUAAAACUAGGAGGCUAUGGCAUAAUACGAAUGAUAGUGAUACUCGAGCCCCUCACCAAAGACCUAAGCUACCCCUUCAUUGUCUUCGCACUCUGAGGGGUAAUUAUAACGGGCUCUAUCUGCCUUCGCCAAACAGAUCUAAAAUCACUCAUUGCCUACUCCUCAGUCAGCCACAUAGGUCUCGUUGCAGGGGGAAUCCUCAUCCAAACGCCCUGAGGAUUCACCGGAGCCCUCAUCCUAAUAAUCGCCCACGGCCUGACUUCCUCCGCCCUCUUCUGCCUGGCUAACACUAACUACGAGCGAACCCAUAGCCGCACCAUGCUACUAGCACGAGGUCUCCAAAUGGUCCUCCCCUUAAUGGCAACAUGGUGAUUCUUCGCCAGCCUUGCUAACCUAGCCCUCCCGCCACUACCAAACCUCAUGGGUGAAUUAAUAAUUAUUACCUCCCUAUUCAACUGGUCUUGAUGGACCCUGGCACUAACAGGCGCCGGCACCCUCAUCACUGCAGGCUACUCGCUGUACAUGUUUCUUAUGACCCAGCGAGGCCCACUCCCAGCACACAUUAUUGCCCUGGACCCCUCCCACUCCCGAGAGCACCUGCUGAUUCUCCUUCAUCUCCUUCCACUACUCCUGCUUAUUCUUAAGCCUGAAUUAAUCUGAGGCUGAACUGCUU